AUGCAAAGGGCUAAGAUUGACUGGCUAAGGAAAGGAGAUGAUAACAACUCUUUCUCUUUCUUCUUUGCUACCAUCAAAACCAAACAGAACAACCGGAGUAUGAAAGUGCUUCACAAAACUGAUGGAACUAUCAUUCAAUCCCAUAGUGAUAUUGUAAAGGAGGUGAUGGACUUUUGUGGUAACAUUAUGGGUAAAGAUGUUACUAAUUUGAAACAUACUAACAUAGAAGCCAUGAGAAGUGGGAAUCAACUCAAUAUGGAGCAAAGAGAAUUUCUCGUGAGUAAAGUAACUGAGCAAGAAAUUGCUAUAGCCCUCAAAUGUAUUGGAGACUUGAAAGCUCCAGGUAUUGAUGGAUAUGGAGAAAGGUUUUUCAAAGCUAGUUGGCAUAUCAUUAAAGAAGAUGUGAAAUUUUCCAUUAUAGAAUUCUUUGACACAGGUAGAAUCUACAAACUUUUAAUAGCAUAUUGA